AUGUCAUAUCAAGCGCCGAAGCUCGGCUCGGCUGUGUACCAGAAGCUUUACUCAACCGCAGCAAGAUAUCAAUCUAAGACAGCUGACUCGACGUCUCGGCUAGCAGCUAGGGGACAGCAUCCAAUGACUUGUGCUCGCGACGACUCUCAGAGCCUCGCACGCUCACACGCUGCCUCCAAGCAGACAACUCUGCCUGGAGCUGACAUCGGCGACUAUCUGAACAUCGCUAUGAGCUCGCUGGUGGAAAGCGUCUCGAGAGCGAUCAGCCCGAUCUUGACCAAUGACGUCGACAAGCAGCAGCCGAGGAAGCAUCCCGAUCUCAGACUAGACAUGUCAGAAGCAAGCUCGCCCGAAGACACGCCCAGCCAACGCCAUGCCGAAGCGCCUGUAAGACCCGACGCUCCCUUGUUGCCGAGCUUCACGGCCGGCGGGAGACGCAAGUCAGCUCUGCGAUUGUCGACGCCUCCCUCUCCGCACAGCUCCAGCCUGCCGUCUCCGGUGGGGAAGAAAUCGAUCCGCUUCAUGGACGACCAAGCCCCGCAAGCCCCGCAAGCUCCAAGGUCCCCCAUAUCGUCUGCGAGCUCAGCGUGUGCCGAGUCCCGUGCAUCAGACCAGCGCAUUGCGCGGUAUGGGGCACCGCAGCCUUGUAAAGCAGACAAGAGCAGGAAGGCUAGGCAAGACCCUACGAUCGCCGCCAGCUCCAGCGCCGUCGCUGGUCAACGUCGGGCUGAGGCGGACGAGUGGUGGGCGAGGGUCAACUCGAGCGCGCAGCUGACACGAGAAGCCAAACAAGCAGUCCAGCUCCACGCUGACCAGGCGCGGAUGAGGUCUACGAAGAGUCGCUUGGCUGAUCAUCGAUCGUCUCUGAGCAUGCCAGACCGGCACCUGAUGGAGAUAGCGAUGCAGAGUGGGAGGCGAUAUAGCGAUACAGCAUUCUUGCACUGA